GCUCGACACUCAUCAUGAAAUGAUUCUAUGCACGACGUGACGUGAGGUCACACAAAUUUUGCUCUUGUAGGCUAGCUAUGCGUGUACAUUAACAAUGCCUUCGGCUGUCUUUGCAGACAGCUUGCCGCCGCAGGCGGUUGGCGAUCAGAAACCAGCGCCGCGUCCACCGCGGACGCCAAGGCCAAAUUAUGCUCGGAUCCAUGCACUCCCUAUUCCGGUGAAGACAUAUCCGUUGCCAACUUUUGUACCUAAUAAUCCUAUUUCUCUCUUUCAUUUGGCGUAUACAUUCUUUGCACACCUAUUGUCAGCCCCUCCAUCGCAUCCCCAGCCAUGCUUUGAGGCGUAUUUCUCCAAUGAGACCAGAUCAGUGCAUGUCGCCGAUCCCGCAACUGUCCGCGCUCUUUGGGAGCAGGGCUUCUUUGGCAAGGGAAGCUUAAGUCGAAGUGAGCCGACCUGGAUGGACCGCGAAAAGCGGAGAAGAGGUCUCUUAGCUGUAGAGACCAGUGAAGAGGUGACCCAGAAGCGGAGAGCUGAAAGAAGAGCUUUCAAGAAGGAGCGAGCUAGGAAGGAGAGAGAGGCCAUCGAGGAGAAGCUUCGGGAAGAGGGAAAGCUUGUCAAUGUGCAGGAUGGGGAAGAAGUCCACAAGCCGGACGUUGAGACACAAAGCCAUGAAGGCGAACCAACCGAAGGUGGUGCCGUCAAUGGUCCGGUCGAUGCUCUUCCGGCUCCUGAGAAGGCUGGAUUCGGCGAAGCCGGCGAUGCGAAAAAAAGCGUUCGCUUUUCUGAGUCUGAGCUUCAUCCACGCCCUUUGAAGAACGAUGCAUCCGCUGCACGACCAACCAUUGGCGAUGACGAGCCAAUUGUUGACCAGGAGCAUCUUCAAUUGACUCUGGAGGAAGCGCUAUUUCUUACGUAUGGUCUUGGCACGCUCCGCGUACGAGACGAAGCUACUGGCCAGCUAAUCUCCACCUCUUCCUUGUUCACUAUGUGCCGUCAACAUUCAUACUUUCCACCAAAGGCUAUCGCCGAUUUGCAGCCAGAUGAUCCUUUUCUUAUUUCGUAUGUCGUCUAUCAUCACUUUCGCUCUCUCGGUUGGGUGGUCCGCUCUGGCAUCAAAUUUGCCGUUGAUUAUCUCCUGUAUAAUCGCGGACCGGUAUUUUCUCAUGCUGAGUUUGCCUUGAUUGUGCUUCCGUCAUACUCUCAUCCAUACUGGUCUGAACCGUCGCGAAAGUCGCAAACUGUAGCAAAAGAGUCCAAGCAGUGGUGGUGGUUGCAUUGCGUCAAUCGUGUUCAGAGCCAGGUUCGAAAAAACCUCGUUCUCGUUUACGUUGACAUCCCGCCUCCCAGCUCUCUUGCGGACCUUUCGGGGACCGUCAAUAUUACUGAGGCUUUACAAUGCUACCGCAUUCGAGAGUUUAGUCUCAAGAGAUGGAUCCCGAACCGCAGCAGGGAUUGAUUACACGGUAACGAAUAACCGGAUUUCGUCCCGCAAAUGAAGUCAUUAAGUAUCGUUAACUAUAAUAACAAGUCUGAACUCAGCACAAAGCAUAUCCCGUCGCUUGGGUCGGCCAGAGGAACAGUGCUUGGAAUGCUCAAGGAAAACGGAAACACUUUACUUGAGGAUGUGUACCCACCGAGAGCUGGUUCAUCAAGCCCAGUGGAUAUCAUUUCGACACGCGCUGGGAGAUAAAAGCACCUUCUCCAUACAGUCUUAACGUGGGACCCCGGUCUUGCAAACCUCAAAGCCCGACCAUUCUUCCGUCGGGUGGAAAAUCCUUGUCUCACAAGGCCAUACUAUGCCAGAUUCACGGAUCCUA